CUUUCGAGAUGGGUCUUUUCAUUUAAAAAAAAAAAAAGUUAUAUUUUAACUAAAAUAAAAUUUAAAAAUAAGAUUUGUAUAAAAUUUCCUGUUAAACGAUAUAAUCUUUGUGUUGAACAUUUUUCAAUUCAAUAAAAGUGCCCUUUUGUGUAGAUAAAAAAGUUCAAAAAUUUUUCAAAAACAUUUCAAAAAUUACUAAUCAGAUUAAAAUUUUGAUUUGGAAAAUACAAUUGCAAAAAUCAAGAGUUUUUUUCAACAAAAAACAAUAAUCCCUAAUGACUACAGCAGAACCAGCACUUCUGCAAUUGCAAGACGACACAAAAAAUUUAUUGAAGAUUAACGGUUGUGUAAAUAAUCUCAGUAAAGCAUCAGUGGCAUCAAAAACUAAUAAUAUUCAAUCAAAUCUAUUUGCAAAAAGUAAUACAACUGAUGAAAAAAGUAAUAGCAUAAUUUCUUUGUCUUCGGAUACUAGCAAUUCAUCAUCCACAAACGGAAGUAAUACAGCUGGUGGAAUUUUAGUUAUUGGUGACUCUUUGACAAUUAAUAAUAAUUUAUCAACACCAAGUUGUCGUAGCAGCACUACUAGUGAUUCACUAGCUAUAACAGACGAAGUUAGUUUAGUUCCAGAAGUUGAAUUUGAAGGAAUUAAUCUGGAUUCCGGUGGUGACUAUAGGGAAUCACAGCCACUGUUAGGUGGUCGUGAGCAUUCCGAAAAUGUUAGUAAUAAUUUUCCAGAUGAUCCGCAAUUUAAUGAGUUAGUCUCACAGGCCGAAAUUGCUAUAGAACACCGUAUAUUUCCUGAAAGAAUAUAUCAAGGUAGUAGUGGAUCAUACUUUGUUAAGGAUCCUUCAGGGAAAAUCAUAGCUGUUUUCAAACCAAAAGAUGAGGAACCUUAUGGACGUUUAAACCCAAAAUGGACAAAGUGGAUGCAUAAAUUGUGCUGCCCAUGUUGUUUUGGAAGAGCUUGUUUAAUUCCUAAUCAAGGUUACUUAUCUGAAGCUGGAGCUAGUUUAGUUGAUCAAAAAUUAAAAUUGAAUAUUGUGCCCAGAACGAGGGUUGUCCGACUUGUCGCUGAAACUUUUAACUAUGCUAGUAUCGACCGGCAAAAAGAGAAAAUUAAACGAAGAAUGAAAGAGCGUUUUACAAAAUUCAAAUUUAAUCGCAUGAGCCUUCCACUUAAGUCGGGAUCAUUUCAACUUUUCGUGGAAGGUUACAAAGAUGCUGAUUAUUGGUUGCGCAGAUUCGAAAAUGAUCCAUUAAAUCCUCAAUUGGCAAAAUCAUUUCAAUUGCAGUUCGAACGUUUAGUUGUAUUGGAUUAUAUUAUAAGAAACACGGAUCGUGGUAAUGACAAUUGGCUUAUCAAGUACGAUGCACCAAAACAAGUGCAACCAUCAAGUCGACUAAAGAAGGAUAGUAAAAUUCACCUACAAUCAAAUAGUGUUAUAGUAGAUGUUAAUCAACAACCAGGGACUAGUCGAGAAAAAGAGCCUUCAGAAGAAGAGCAAAUGGAAGAUGAUGAAAGCCCGGUUGACUGGGCUGUAAUAAAAAUGCCAGAAAUUAAAAUAGCAGCAAUUGACAAUGGUUUAGCAUUUCCAUUUAAACACCCAGAUUCAUGGAGAGCGUAUCCGUAUCAUUGGGCGUGGUUACAACAAGCAAAAGUACCAUUCAGUAAUGAAACAAAAAAUCUUGUUUUAGCGCCAUUAUCUGAUAUGAAUUUUGUUGAAGAAAUAUGUAACGAGUUAUAUGUGUUAUUUAAACAAGACAAGGGUUUUGAUAAGAGUUUAUAUGAAAGACAAAUGAGCGUAAUGCGCGGUCAAAUUUUAAAUUUGACACAAGCACUGAAAGAUAAUAAAUCGCCUGUGCAACUAGUUCAAAUGCCAGCUGUGUUAGUUGAAAGGUCAAACAGUGGAAGGGAACGACAUGGAUUGUUUUCAUUUAAGCAAAGCUUCCAAGAUAAAAGCCCAUUUUUUUCAUGGUGCUAACCAAUGCAAAAUAUCAUAAAGUUAAUCAGAAUUAUUACUAAGUAUCAAAAUUUUUAUUUUCAAUAUCAAAUAAAAUUCAAUAUAUAUUAUUAGCUUUAUGCGGAAAGAAAACAUUUUAAAUUUGUAAUUAAAAUGAUGUGAAGAAAAUGAAAAUUUCUUUAUUGGAUUC